UGGGUGUGAUUUGGAACACAGCCCGGGGACGGGCGUGGUCGGGUAUGUGUGGAUGGUAUUUCCUCAUGUUAGUGUUGAUAAAACACACCGAGAGUUUGUGCACCUCAGUGUGACCGUCAGAACUCACCUGAGAACAACCAUGGACUUCGAUCUGUCUGCAGCUGUUGAUAAGGACGAGGUGAAGAAGGCUGAAGCGAAUGAGGUAGAGGGCAUUUUCGGAUUUGGGAAGAAAGACGGAGACAAAACGAAGGAGAAGGAAAAGGAGAAAAAGUCCGAGCAUAAGGAUAAGGGCAAAAGCAAAGAGCACAAGAAACCUAAAGAGCACAAAAAACCCAAAGAGCACAAGAAGAACAAGGAACACAAGAAGCACAAGGGGAAGGGCGGCGGCAGCUCGUCCUCCUCCGACAGCGACUAGACUGAAUUUGGACUGAUGACGUUUCUUCUCGCCCUUUUCGUUGGACUGAAUGAUGUAAAGUCAGCAUGCUGUUAUAUAUGAACAGACAAUAAAUCUAUUUAAAAGUA